CGAGUUUGGAACCGACCCGAAUGGAACGCUCCUGCGGCUACGCAAACACUACCGGGACAGCUGUCGGCCACUCGCGAUGAAUGAGCGAUUUAUUUGCACUUGCCGUGCCGGAGGUUUACCUGGUUUGCAUCUGUUCGCAGUGGGCGACACCGAGCCCGUCCAGAUCGCUGUUCCCAAAAUGGCCAGCAUAAUGGCUGUGGCUUUCACAGCUGAAUAUCUACUUGUUCUGGAAGAUCAUCAUGUUCUGCUCUAUGACCUCACCAACGUCGACCGACGCGACACUCCAACCCUGCAUUGGGUUAGUCGCUUGGACCUGCUCUAUCUACAGGACAUAGCCGUUGGGCUCAAGUAUGGCGUGCCGAGCUGUGUGGGCACGCCGAUCCUGCAGUAAAUGCCCCCCCUGAAGCGAAUGAAAAACAUGUAGUCGUCAAGGUCUACGAUCCCGUGUAUUUUCCCGAGACGGAACACACGACAGCAGAAGACAUCUUCGUUCGAGAAGCGUGGGCAUAUGGCAGGUUAAAGCAACUUCAAGGCGCUUGUCUCCCGGUAUCGUAUGGAUUUUAUGAUUUCGUCCUUGACUGCGGGCGCGUUGUUCGCGGCCAUGUGAUGGUAUUUGUACCUGGAACGGCUCUUUCACGCGGUACUGGCCUCACUCAACCUCCGGUGACGGGCGAGGAACAGGACAUACGGAGGAAGAAGAUGGCUGAUUUCAUGAAUGCUGUCGACGCGAUACACGAACUUGGCGUGUGCCAUCGCGAUCUCAACGUUCGAAACGUCGUUGCAACAGAGGAAGGGAAUAGAGGGAGCUUUGUCAUCCUCGACUUUGGCACCGCCAGGCGUAUUGCACCGGAAAAGCCUCGUAGUGCAACGACCGCUACAUACGCGGACGAUGCCUAUGGAGCGUUUGACUGCCUGGGGGAAAUGGAGGAUUUUCGUGAGUUGCUUCCCUGGAUUCAACAGAUCCACUCCCGCGUCCGAUGGCUCCGCAUCUUUGCAGACCAUUGGAAAUGGAAUACGUUGAAUGGAGAGGCACUAUCGAGAGACGCAUGGAAAACCUUGGUAGGUGCCUAGUCUGAUGGCUCACUGUUGCCCACAGCUUAGGUGCUGUCAGCAACCCGCACACUGAUCUGGUUGGGUAGCACUUCUCUUGAUACCUAGCUAGUGUUUGAUAAGGUGUAUAUAGCAGGGUGCUCACUGUGCUACAGUGAGCAGCUAGGGUCUGACCACUGACAAGGAC